GAGAGAGAGGGAGAGACAAGGAAAGAGAGAGGGAGGUCAGAAGGCAGAGAAGGAAAGGGAGGAGGAAUGGACAGGAGAGAAGGAUGUGGUGGAACCGAGAGAAGACACAGGAAAUUGGCAACCUGUCUUUUUGCUUGGAGACGCCUGUUAGAGACUCAGGGGUCUCUCUGUGGGAGGAACGGCACUCGUCCCUCUCCCCUUGUGUUCACUGGGGCAUGAGCCUGUCUCUUGUCUUGGAAAAAGAGAAGGGAAGGAGACUGAGAAGUCGAGCAGAAGAGCGCUAAAGACGACGGAGGAGAGAGGAAAAGGAAACGAAGGCGCUCCCCACGAGGCAGAAAGCGAGACAGGAAACGGCAAGCCGCAAAGAUGCUGAAGAAAACGGGUGUGGACGCAGGGUAGGAAGCGGCGAAAGAAGACGAAAUUCAAGCGUUGAGUAUCCGCCAAGCGAGAGGCACAAGGGAGGAAAAACAGCAGACACGGAAACACGGUCGUUGGUGUGCUUUAGCGGCAGGUCACUCGGAAAAUAGUUUUUUCUGCAUCUUUUCCUCUCCUCCAUCUCGCUCGACACUGAACGCCCUGCCCGUCCUGUUUGCAGGUGGCUUGUGCGAGCUCGCUGAGAGCGUCGCUCAGGGAAGAACGCCCCCGAGGGCUACAUGGUGCUCCCGACCGACAUGAGUGAACACUAAAGAAAAGGCACGCUCUCAUUCACGCAGGAAAUCGCCGGCGCCGUCCCCUGUUGGUCGGUUGAGGGCGACGAACGGAGAAAAAGCUAGCCUGCCGCCUAGCUGCCUCACGUCCGAAAAGAAAACGCCUCAUUCAGUUGCACACACGUUGAGAAACCGACGCAAUGUGGUGACGGCAUCCAUCCUUAACUCGACAUGCAAAUACUCGCAAUUUUCCGAUCGUCGCGUUUCCGCAUGUGCAGAUGGGCUGCGCUUGGCUCGUCAUUGAGGAGGGUUUGAAGGUGGAAAAAAUCGCCCGCUGCAGUGAGUCACAGAAGCAGUUCAGCGCCGGCUGUUGGCGCAGUCGAUUGCUGGCUGCCAGAGGCCGAGAGGCGCUUGCCUGCCUUCUGCAGAAAAGGCAGCGCCGUCACUCUCGCACUUCAGCUGCACAAAUCUUAAUCGAAUGCUGAGACCUCAUGGCACAAAGCAUCAAGAACCCUCUACACACGGCUCUUCGACAGACACCCGGUUGUCCGUGGGCAACAUCAUCUGGGACCGAAAUCUGCAAGGCAGGCGCGCGAGCGCGUCCUUCGCGCUUUCCGUGGCUCGCAGAGAGGAACGCUUUCCUUGUUUCCCGUCUUUGCCUCGGCCUUCAUAAGUUUCCCCUCGAUCAUCUGGCACUUGCAGGGCAGCCAUCCUUCGCAGAUCGUCCGUUCAGGUGUACGUACACUCGAAGUUUCGCGGAGUCUCUGCCGCGAGCGUCGAGUGAGCUCGGCGCCUUCGCGCGCGUUUCGUUAGCUCCGUUUGCCGGGAGGCCUUUUCUUGCAUUUUCGGCGCCUUUUCGCAGAGACCGCGAGCUGCAGACACAGCGAGGCUCGGCCUUUCCACGCCGCUCUCCGUCUUCCUUCCGCUUUUUUCCGAACGUUUUUCUGCGAGAACCUCGAGGUUCGCCGCCAAAUCCUUCCCUCGGCCUGAGCCGCGAUCCGGACUGUCUGCCACAGUUCCUUCUUCAGGCGUCUUUGGCUCUCUAUCUCUCUUUCCGAGCAUCGAGUCCACUCGCGUAGGCAUGAGCACCGUCGCGAGUUCCCGCGUCUUGUCGAUUUUUCCUUUCUCCGGGAGAAUGUCCUCCGGAAGUCUACCUUCUCAACACUAGGAAUGGCGCAAACACUCGCGCCUGCCGCCCGUUUUCCUCCGAAGACCGCUGCUGCCCUCCAGCCAGCGCACACCACAGAGAGAGACGCGGCAGAUUCGGAACUCGCCCGGUGACUGUUUCUCUGCUAUUUUUCAGAGAACUGACCCGGCGACGGUCAACGUAGGGCGGUUUCAGCUUGGAGCAAAGUGUCUCCUGCAUGCGAGUCUGAGGCGGCCUUCGCAAGCGAAUGACUGCUACUGCAGCAACGCCGAAGCACCUUUUUCUUUCACAAGCGCUGUAAAUGUGCAUGCUUUCGUCUCUCUAGGGAGACAGACAGAUACGCAGAUCUACGAACGGUCGAGGCGUACGCAUGCAAGGGCUACUCGGGUCUGGGGGUGAGAGGAAAGUAGGAGGGACAGGAACUAGGGAGGAGGAUUCACGAGGUGAGUCACCUCAAUAGCGGCGCCCGUCUGAGGAGUAACAUGACACCAGAACAAGGUCUUGGAGAAAACGACAAAAGACGCAUGUUUGAGUCUCAGUCCCCUCCCGUUCGGGGAGUCUGGAAUGCCCCCCUUCGUGCUUGGAACUUUCCCCGCUGUCUUUCGCGUCCUCUCACACCUCGCCUCGAAGUCGACGCAUCCCGCCCGUGCCUCAGGAGCGAGAGCAGUGCGUUUAUGAACUGUCGAAAUCUGCCUUGUCCUUGCUCUGUUCUCUUCCACGCCUCCGCGAGUCUGGGCCGCGCUGAGAGUCUCACCAUGGCUGCUUGCUGGAAAGACAAUGGUCUACGCCUCUCUCUGUGUCGUUUCCAACUUCUCCAUCCUUGCCAUAUCUGACGCUGCUGGUCCACCUCUGCUUUCAUGGACGCACUCUUUCUGCAUCCAGUGAGUGAACGACGUUCGAACCUCCUUUCUCCGUCGCUAAACUCGCUGACCUUCCACCUCACUACGUCGUCUCUCACUGUCUGGUCGGCUUUUUCCUUGUCUUUCUCUCCCGCUUCUUCGGAUUGUGCCUUCCCCUUUCAUUCCUCCGCUUUUCUUCUUCCUCUCCUUCUCUCUUCUUCUUUUCUAUGCUUUUCUUCUCCAUCCACCCUGCUCUUCUUCUCCACUGCUGCGGCUCGAUAUUUGCCUGGCGAGGAAGACGUUUUUCCAAUUUCUUAAGAAGCAAGAUGGAAUCCGAGGGCGCGAGGGUGGGGACGCCGGAGGGGACAGACAACAAUGUCCGACGGCCUGAAGAGGAGAAAGGGAGAGAAGGCGAGAGGAAUGGAUUUCUCAAGUCUUGCGCACUGUGCCUUCGAGGCCUCGGAUGUGCCUGGUGCUGCCAAGACUUCGACGCUUAUGAACUUUCUCAUGAAGAAGAGUUCACUCUCCACGUCUUAAGCUCCGCUGCAUGCGUUCCUUACAACCCUGAUGAUCCAGAGCAAGAAAAGGUUCUGCUGCAAUUUUACGACGCGGUGGUGAAUCCCGCACAGUCACUUCCUCCAGAAGCCGAACGAGACUGGAAGGCAAUCGGUUUCCAGAGUCAGAACCCGCGCACGGACUUCCGAGGUGGCGGCCUGCUGUCGCUGCAGCAGCUCCUUUUCUUCGCACAAAAUUUCCGUGAAGAGAUGCUCGUUCUCGUCGAGAAAAGCAAACGAGAUAGUUUCCCCCUCGCGGCCAGUCUCAUCAAUGUCACGCAUAUGCUGGGGACCUUCUUCGACCUGUACGACGACCAUCACAUGAUGACAGGGACGUCGAGUGCUGCGGCGCGAGCUUCGCCUCGCUGUCUGAAGAAUUUCACAAAGUUGUGUGUCUCUGCAGCGAAGUCUAGGUCGCGUUCGCGGACGGUGACUCUUCGGACGUUCACGAUUUGUUCGUCCUCGCAGCUGCGAUCUCUUCACCCGUCGUCGGCAGAUCUGGACUCGACAGGGGAACGUCGACCGGAAUCGGGGGAUGACCGUAGUCCCUCGUCAGCUAGGUCAGGAGGUCUGGCUAAGGGUGUGGGUGCGUCGACAGGAGACUCCGGGCUCUCGUUGGCGUCCUCGGGUGUCCUGUAUGUGUUCAACUUCCUCUUUUCAUGUACGGUGAUUCGUCUGGAUCGUGAGAUUGAAAAGCGACGUGGAUGGAGCAAGAGCUCAGCAAGUGCGAUUGACGAAAAGACACCCAGCGCAUGCACUUGGGCCUCUCCAGGCGAAGCGAGUGGGUUGGCGGGGAAGCUGGCGCGCCUACCGUCGGAGUCAACUGCGCUGUCAGGAGGCGCCUCUGGGAACGCCGUCGAGGCUGAGGAAGCGCAUGGAGAAGGCGUGGACGAGAGCCAGCCUUUGCUGCUUGGGCGAGAGGCGGACGGCGAAGCUGGCGAAGUAAAUGCACAGAGUAAGUGCGAGAGCGAGGACGAGAAAGGGCAAUCCUCCGGCGGCGAAGUGCCACGGAAGAACCGUGGAAGUAUGGCAGACCUCAUGAUGCAUUUGAAGAAACCGGGGCUGGACCUACCUCUCGCAUCCCGGGCGUUUCACUCAUUGCAGGGCGGAGACACUUCGCCUGUGGGUCAAAGAGGCUCCACCAUCUUCGUCUUCGCCGACAGCCUCGUUGCAUGCAGGGUCGCUGUCGAGGAACUCCUCAGUUCAGGACAGGUUCACACCGUCGAGGACUUGCGAAAGCUCACUGAAGUCGUGUAAAGAACGCGCACUCAACUGGCUGCGUUCGUUUGUACAUACAGAUCAAAGGGUAACGGGGAAAGAACCGACCAGAUUGCGGCAAGGAUGAGAGGGAAUGAAGGGCAGAAUCAGUCACGAGACCCGCUUGUCCGUCCGAAAGGACAGAGGAAGCCGCAGAUGCAGAUCCACGAGCGGAUGCAGAGAGACGCAUGCGAAACACGACAGUGUGUGACACAUGCAGCUUCCGUCUGUCCAUACAAUGGAAAUUAGCCUGGAGAUUCCUGUUCUGGGCACCUCGUUGUCCUCUAUCUGUGAAAGAAAAGCCUUUUUCAAGGCUCCCGUGGCUGAGGCCUCGCCGGCUGUUUCAAUGUCGAGGUCGUAGAAAACGACGCGACAGUCUCGAAUGAACAGCCUCGUUUUUGGACUUCAGAACAACCUGUCAGUGGUGAGCUGUGCUUUCCUCAGUGAAAAAGACACAGAGGGAAGCGAGCGCGCCAGUCUCAGGGGGCAUUUCAUCGAAAUGAUAAGCCGUUACGUUCUAUUUCACAGCAGGGAGGUAAAUUGGUCGACACGUUGAAAAGAACUCGAGAGUUUGUGUCUCACCUCCGCGAGGGUCUGCUCUGCGGACGCUCGCGAGAAAAGGCCUUGGUAUUUCAUGCGCGACGGGUUUAGGCCUUCGAAGGUCGAGCAUCUCUAUUUAAUGGGGAACUUUCGUGAAGACGACGCAAAAGAAUGGACUGUCUACUCUUGUUAAAAACAACAGUGUGGCAGCGCGUGUGUCAACCAAUGAGAAGAGAUUCGCCAGCUGUAAUUUUUCAUUUUUCUGGCCGAGUUUCUUCCGUUUGUUACCUCACUUUCCAGUGCCGUUCCGUUUCAAGUUGUGAUGGACGCUACCGUAAAGGGUGCGCGCUCAAGGGGCAAGAAAUUUUCUUUUCUGUAUCGACUGGGCGACGGACAGGACGAGGAUCCUGGCGGCCGCCAACGUCUUGCAGUUUCGAUGGUUUUUGCGUGUGUCAGCAGCGCUUCUUUGUCCUUUUUGCAGUGCCCGCUUAUCGACAUCCUGCACGAAUAAACGGCGGGAUCGGCACGCUGUUGCCUUGACGCGACCGAUUUAUGUUACUCCACGUUCCUUUAGUGUGAAGUGAGUAAAACUGGGCGAAUGAUACAUUCCAGCACAAUGACUAUGAGGCUGUCUUUAGCUGUGGUGUGUGUAUGCGGCAAAGCACGCUUCGGAAGGGGCAAUGGGCCGAUGUUCCGGUCUUGGAUUUGUACUUUGCCGUCAGUGGCGUGAUCAACCGAGUGCGGUUCGACGGCGUUUGCCUCACAUUUAUUGAGAUGGGAUGGAACAAUGAAAAAAACGGGCACAUCGUCGUGGGGAGUGAACGUAUCUGUCGAACGAACUUGAAACUCCGGUCUGUUCGCUUACACAGUGCCUGUCGCAGCAGUUGACUGGUAGUGUAAAGAUCAGGAAACUCGUCACGCCUUGUGCGCGUGGCCACUGCUGAGAGUGGCCUGUGGUUCUACGGCCCCCAAAGACGCUGUUUCCCGCCAUUUUCGCUGAGCUAAAUCCUGUCGGUUGUCGAGUUUGACAGAACUCAUUUCGCGUAACGACUAUGAUUCGAUUCUUGCCCUGCCCACAGGAGGUUGUCUUUUUUUCCAGGAAUGAAGACUGUCGAUCACCUACGCACUGCACGAAAAAAACAGUGUUUUGUAUGUCGAUACGCGAGAUCGUGUCCAUCCAGUCAGAACAGCUUGAACACUGCCAGGAACCGUACAGAAAGCCACC